AUGAUGAGUGUGAACCUCCAGCCCCAACUGGCCAGUGUGACCUUUGCCACCAACAACCCUACGCUCAGCACCGUGGCCUUGGAGAAACCUCUGUGCAUGUUUGAUAGCACGGCGACUCUCAAUGGCACCUAUGAAAUUUACCUCUACGUCCUGGUCAACUCGGCCGGCUCCAGGAAUGCCUCUGUGCAGGACAGCACCAAGACCCCGCUGAGCUCCACGUUCCAGCAAACUGAAGGAGGGAGGACAGGCCCCUACAAGGCUGCGGCCUUUGACCUGACCCCCUGCAGUGACCUGCCCAGCUUGGAUGCCGUGGGGGAUGUGUCCCGUGCCUCUGAAAUUCUGAAUGCCUACCUGGUGAGGGUGGGUGACAACGGGACCUGCCUGUCCGACCCUAACUUCCAGGGCCUCUGCAACCCACCCCUGUCAGCGGCCACAGAAUACAGGUUCAAGUAUGUCCUAGUCAAUAUGUCCACAGGCUUGGUACAGGACCAGACGCUGUGGUCGGACCCCAUCCGAACCAGCCGGCUCACCCCAUACCAGACGAUUGACACGUGGCCAGGCCGGCGGAGUGGCGGCAUGAUUGUCAUCACAUCUAUCCUGGGCUCCCUGCCUUUCUUCUUGCUCCUGGGCUUCGCCGGGGCCAUCGUCCUGAGCCUUGUGGACAUGGGUGGUGCUGAUGGGGAAACCACGCACGACUCCCAGAUCACACAGGAGGCCGUCCCUAAGCCCCUGGGGACCUCGGAGCCUUCCUACGCGGCUGUGAACCGUGGGCUACAGCUGGACAGGGCCGAGGUGUACGCCAGCAAGCUCCAGGACUGA